AAGUCAUGUUCCUGACGACAUUUGACAUCCAAACAAUUAAUUUUUCACUCAAUUUAGCUCUGUAAAUGCACACCAAACUGUAAAUGUCUGUACCCACCUAAUUAUAUUAAUUAAUAGUAUUGACAACAUGAGACUAACAAAUCGAAAUUUUUGGAAUCUAUAUAUAGUAGCAACUUUUAAAAUCAUGUUUUUCUUUGCUAUUUUGAUACAACAUACAACCCAUUCAACACUCUUUCACUCUCUUGCCCUUGUUCACGAUCAGAAACUUAUCAUCCCUCAUCAUUUAUAAACUAAAGUGACAGUACAAUGGUAUUAAGUGAACUAUAAGAAAUAUAUCCUUUGCUCACACAUCUUGUUAUGGCCAGUGUGUGUGUGUGUGUAUCACAAAUGAGGGAAUUGCUCAACACUAUAGUUUUUCAGGAGGGUACACUCAUUGUAAAAUCUGUAUAAAUAUUCACUACCUUUGCAUUACUUGAAGGCUUCAAAUACAGAGAACAAAAACCCCAUUCAGUUUGAAAGAAAGACUUCAUUAGAUAACAUUCAGUAGAAGUGGCAUUGCAGCAACACAUUUAGCUGGUGAAGAUAAUUCUAUUUAAUCUGGUUCAGGUAAGAUAAGUUUUUAUCUCUUUAGCCACAAGAAUGUUAUUCAUCAUAGCCACACCUGAUGUGUGCACUGCAGCAUGGUGAAAGACAGGAUAAAAGAUCUCAAAUCUGUUCAAGAAGGCAAGGAUUAUGGAACAGUCAUUGUGCACAUUGAUGACAAGAUCCAACAUGUGGAUGCUUUCCUCGAAAAGGUGUCUCAGAUUCAGAAGCUAAUAGAAAACAUCAAAACAAAGAUUGAUGAGCUUAAAAAUAUACAGAAGGAGCUUUUAGGUAUUCCAAAGGACCAAGCAAAACUAAGGCAGGAUAUGGAUGCCUGUACUGCUUCAAUUCAGAGAAUGAUAACCCUGACAAAUGCUAGACUGAAAGAAAUGGAAGAAGAUAUAAGGAAAGAUCGAACUGAAGAUUCUAAGCCCAAGUCAGUUGUCUUGAGAAAUAUAGAAAAGGUUCAAUACUCAUCUUUAGUGCAUAUGUUUUCUGCUGUAUAUGAAAGCUAUGCUAUCCUGAUUUCAAAUUAUAAGGACAAAUCUGCUGCUCUGCUUAAGCAACAACUGAGGAUAAAGAAUGUUAUAGUUCCACAUGAAGAAUUAGAGGAAUUGCUGGCAGAAGAAAAUACAGCAUUAUUUUCAAACAAUAUUUUAGCUCUUACUGCUGAAGCAAAGAUGGCAAUAGAUCCUUUGCAGUCAAGGCAUAGAGAGCUUCUCAAGAUUGAGAAAUCUGUCCGUGAGAUGAGGGAUCAGUUUGUUGAACUUGGAACAUUGAUUGAGAGACAGGGUGCAACUAUUGACUGCAUUGAGUACUUUGUGUUGCAUGCAGAGGACAAUACUGAGAAUGCAAAGCGAAGAAUGCAGAAAUUAAAGAAAAAAAAGAAAAAAAGAAGAAACUUAAUGUACAAGGUUAUAGCUGCAGCAAUAAUAGUCUUCAUCAUCAUCAUACUGAUACUAGUUUGAUACCAGAGGUCCCACUGCCAAGAUUCUCAUAAAAAUCUGUUUAAACCAAACAAUGGAAAACCCAGGCAUAUUUAGCAAUCUUUUUGUUGUGCCUGUCUUUGAAUCGAUGUUGCUGCUGCAAUCCACCCUUUUCGUAAUUCUGUCAAUAGCUUAUAAACAAAUGUUCAUGCCUACCUGUGAUAAAAUUUCCACCUACGUAAAAGAAC